AAAAAAGUCCAAGAUGGCGCUGCGCAUGGUUUGCACUACUGUCUGGCGAAGCGGGACAGAUUUAGGGGUCAAUAAUGCUAGAGCAUUUGUCACAACAGCUCCCAUGUGUCGACGUGUGCGUCCUCUCGGCCCCAUGCCAAAUGAGGACAUAGAUGUUGAAAACCUGGAAUCAUUAGAUAAGUAUCGCAGCUACAAUCGUUACUUCACAGAAGCUCAAGAAGCAAACAACAAACCAGCCUGGUGGAAGACUUAUAGAAGCUACGUAGAAAAAGCAGAUCCAGAGCAUGGUGUGGAGCGGGUGGACAUCGGGCUGCCGUACUGUCAACCCAGAAGGUCCCAACAGCUGAAAGAGAGGGUGCAAGUGAUGAGGGACAACAAGAAGAAUGCUGAGUUGGAGAGAGCUUGUCGUCUGCGCACUUACAGGAUUCCACUGAAUCAAGUGCAGGAAACGUGGGAAAAGACCACACAGCCAUUUCAUAUAAAGAGGCUGGCAGACCACUAUGGGAUCUUCAAAGAUCUCUUCCCCAUGGCAUACUUCCUACCUCGAGUAUCAUUCCGCAUCAGCUACAGCCAGGACAACAGUCGUCAAGUUUUUCAUGGGAAUCGGCUGACACCUACUGAAGCUUCGUCUGAACCUCAGAUCCAUUUCGAGGCAGAGGAGGGCUCCUUGUGGACUCUUCUGCUCACAUGUCCAGAUGAGCAUCUUUUGGACAAUGAGGCAGAAUAUGUCCACUGGCUCGUAGGGAACAUACCAGGAGGAGCAGUAAAGGCUGGAGACGAGCUGUGCCACUAUCUACCGCCCUUCCCCGCUAAAGGAACAGGUUUCCACCGCUAUGUUUAUGUCCUCUUCAAGCAGGAAGGACCUAUCAACUUCCAGGAGGAUGUUAGAUCGUCACCAUGCCACUCCCUGGAAGAUCGCACAUUUAAGACAGUAGAUUUCUACAGAAAGCACCAGGACCACAUGACGCCUGCGGGUCUGGCCUUCUUUCAAAGCCAGUGGGAUGAAUCUGUCACCAAUACCUUCCACAACACCUUCAACAUGAAGGAGCCUGUGUUUGAGUUUAUUCGGCCUCCAGUGUACCACCCUCCACAGGUGAAAUACCCACAUCAGCAGCCGCUUCGUUACCUGGACAGAUACAGGGAUGGGAAGGAGCACACCUAUGGAAUAUACUAAUGAGAAAAUCUGCUGCAGCCCCUCGUAAAUGAGGAAUUAUGUUCAUAUUUAUAAUAAAAAAAUAAACUUUUUUUUUUUUUUCAGUUGGGCUGAAAUU